AUGGUGGUCUUCGGCAAUCUGUAUUUCAUCACGGCCGUCGCCGUCAUUGGCGGCGGUCUUUUCGGCUUUGAUAUCUCUUCUAUGUCUGCUAUCAUUAGCACUGAUAACUAUCGUUGCUACUUCAAUAAAGGUGCCAUCCACUAUGUAGAUGGUGUGAAGAAAUGCCCUGGUCCCAAUGCCGAUGUCCAAGGCGGCAUCACAGCUUCAAUGGCUGGUGGUUCUUGGCUGGGCGCUCUGGUUUCCGGGUUUCUCUCUGAUAUUCUGGGUCGGAAGAAGUCCAUCAUCGUCGGUUCUAUCAUCUGGUGCAUCGGCUCUAUCAUCAUCUGUGCCUCGCAGAAUGUCGCUAUGUUGAUCGUUGGCCGUAUCAUAAAUGGUUUCAGUGUGGGCAUUUGCUCUGCUCAGGUCCCAGUGUAUAUUUCCGAAUUGUCACCUCCCACCAAACGUGGACGUCUUGUCGGCAGCCAGCAGUGGGCCAUCACCUGGGGUAUCAUGAUCAUGUUCUAUAUCUCCUACGGAUGCAGCUACAUCAAGGGUACUGCCGGUUUCCGUCUCCCUUGGGGCUUACAGAUGAUUCCCGCUAUUCUCCUUCUCUGCGGCAUGCUAGUGCUGCCAGAGUCGCCUCGUUGGUUGGCCCGUAAGGACCGUUGGGAAGAAUGUCUCGAUGUUCUCACUCUGGUCCAUGGCAAGGGAGACCGUAACUCUGCGUUCGUCCAGCAUGAGUUUCAGGAUAUCAAGGAUAUGUGUGAAUUCGAACGCCGGAAUGCGGACGUUACAUAUCUCGAACUGUUUAAGCCCAACAUGAUCAACCGAACCCACAUUGGUGUCUUCACCCAGAUCUGGUCUCAGUUGACUGGCAUGAACGUCAUGAUGUACUAUAUCACUUAUGUCUUCGCAAUGGCUGGUCUGACGGGAAACAACCUUCUGGUCUCUUCCAGUAUUCAAUAUGUCAUCAAUGUCUGCCUUACUGUUCCUGCUCUUCUGUGGGGUGAUCGCUGGGGCCGCAGGCCGACUCUACUCGUCGGUGCUGUUCUCAUGAUGACCUGGAUGUAUGCCAAUGCCGGCUUAAUGGCUUCCUACGGUCACCCCGCUCCUCCUGGGGGUAUCGACGGCCAGCCCGCAGAGUCAUGGGAGAUUAGCGGUCCACCCAGCAAGGCAGUCAUUGCCUGUACAUACCUCUUCGUCGCUUCAUAUGCCCCUACCUGGGGUCCAGUUUCUUGGGUCUACCCUCCCGAGUUAUACCCUCUGCGUGUCCGUGGCAAGGCUAAUGCUCUGUCUACGUCUUUCAACUGGGCCUUCAACUUUGCCCUCGGCUACUUCACCCCUCCCGCCUUCGAAAACAUCCAAUGGAAGACGUACAUCAUCUUCGGCGUCUUCUGCACAGCCAUGUUUAUCCACGUCUUCUUCAUGUUCCCAGAGACAACUGGCAGAACCUUGGAAGAGGUCGAGGCAAUCUUCACCGAUCCAAACGGUAUCCCUUACAUUGGUACACCUGCUUGGAAGACUUCUGGCUCCUUCACCCGUGCCGCGUUGCUGGAGCAGGGAUUCAAGGAUGAGGAGAAGGCUGCAGGUGCAGCUACCCACGAGGAAACUACCAAGUAA